AUGGACGUGCUGAAGCGCGAGCUGCAGCGCAAGCGCCAGCUCCUCAACGCCGAUUUCGGCGGCCGCAAGAUCCUCCGCCGCGCCGAGAUCGAGGCCCGCGAGCUCCAGCGCAUCCGCGAGGCCGAGCGCCAGCUCCUCCUCCAAAAGCAGCUCAGGCAUUCCCGCCCGGUGUCGUCCCCCUCCGGUUCCUCCUCGCCCACCUCCGCAGCCGCUGACGCUGACGCCGACGCGUCGCGGGCAGAGAGCGGCUCCAAGGAGUCGCUCCCGAGGGAGGAGGUCAUCCGGCGCCUGCGCGUGCUGCGGCAGCCGGCCACGCUCUUCGGCGAGGACGACGUCGCGCGCCUCCGCCGCCUCCGGGACCUGAUCGAGGACCCCGCCGCGCUCGCCGACGUCGACGCGGCGGAGAUCGGGAGGGCAGACCAACGACUUCCUCCGCGACAUCCAGGCGCUGCGUGCCAAGGCUGCGGCCGCGACGAAGCCCAAGGCGGCCGGCGCGGAGGCCCAGCGUGGGGAGGUGACGGCGUACCGAGAGAUGUGCCGUUCGAGGAGCUCUGCGACGAGGAUCAGAUCACCGCGUUCUUCAGGAGGCUGAUGGGCGAGUGGACUCAGGAGGUGGACGGAGGGCAUCAUCCUGAAUGCACAAACACAACCAUCGACGAUCCGGUUGCACCUUGUGCUUUAAACAAUCUUGUAUCACAGGACUCGCGUUCAUUAUUUUGCAUCAAAUUGCAGGCUCUCCCUCCUGAUGUCCGGCAAGCAUUGCUGGAGGUUGUCAAGUGCUGUAUGAGACGAGACUACUUGGCUGCAGUGGACAACUAUAUCAAGCUAGCGAUAGGCAACUCGCCAUGGCCAAUUGGUGUGACCAUGGUUGGUAUUCACGAGCGAUCGGCUCGCGAAAAGAUCUACACGAACAGCGUGGCUCACAUCAUGAAUGAUGAGACGACCAGAAAGUACCUGCAGUCUGUGAAGAGGCUCAUAACAUUCUGCCAGAGAAAAUACCCCACUGAUCCAUCAAGGUCGGUAGAGUUCAACAGCCUGGCAAAUGGCAGUGAUCUGCAGUCUCUCCUGGCGCAGCAAAACGGGAAGAAUUCAGAAGAAACGCUUCGGUUAGUGGCUGCGUCAUGA